AACACAGGCAGGAAUGAGAUUCUGAUGAAUGAAGAAGGGGCAGAGCAGUGAAAGACAGACAAUCAACAGAGAGACAGCGACUGUAGAGGAGAUUGUUUAAGAAAAGACACGGCCACUUGAAGACUGAGCAGCUACAAUUUAAAAUACACUAUAAGUGAAGAUUGCAAGAAGCCACCAUGAAGCUGAAGUUGCCAAACCCGAGUUUGGAUGACAGGAUUCCAUCUCACAAAGAACUGGAGAGGAUGGAGACAGAGGAGGCAGGUGACAGACCGCAGUGGGACAACAAAGCCCAGUAUCUGCUCACCUGUGUGGGUUUCUGUGUGGGACUCGGUAACGUCUGGAGGUUCCCGUACCUGUGUCAAAGCCAUGGAGGAGGCGCCUUCAUGAUCCCGUUCCUCAUUCUGCUGGUUCUGGAGGGAAUCCCGCUGCUGCACAUCGAGUUUGCCAUUGGCCAGCGUCUGAGGAAGGGCAGCGUGGGUGUUUGGAGAUCGAUUAAUCCUCACCUGACCGGAGUUGGUAUUGCAUCCAUGCUUGUCUCCGGUUUGGUGGGUAUGUACUACAACACGAUCAUGGCCUGGAUCAUGUGGUACCUUUUUAACUCCUUUCAAGAUCCCCUGCCCUGGAGCCAAUGUCCUCUCAACGCUAACGGCACAGGUUUGGUGGAUGAAUGUGCGCAGAGCACCACCGUUGAUUACUUCUGGUACAGAGAGACUUUGAACACUUCAACAUCUAUUGAGGAAUCUGGAGGUCUGCAGUGGUGGAUGGUGCUAUGUCUGAUAGCAGCCUGGACUCUGCUCUAUGUCUGCUGUAUUCGAGGCAUCGAAACAACUGGCAAGGCUGUGUAUGUCACCUCCACUCUGCCGUAUGUGGUCCUCACCAUCUUCCUCAUCCGGGGACUCACUCUUAAAGGCUCUAUAGCUGGAAUUAAGUUCCUCUUCACACCUGAUGUAAACGAGUUAAUGAAUCCUACAACCUGGUUGGAUGCAGGGGCUCAGGUUUUCUACUCUUUUUCCUUGGCUUUUGGUGGUCUCAUCUCCUUCUCCAGCUACAACUCUGUUCACAACAACUGUGAGCAGGACGCAGUCCUCAUCUCCAUCAUCAAUGGAUGCACCUCAGUAUAUGCUGCAACAGUUAUCUACUCUAUAAUUGGCUUUAGAGCAACAGAAAAAUAUGACGACUGCAAUGAAAACAACUUUUUGAAAUUGAUGAAUAUUUUUGACUUCCCUGAAAACCACAUCACACAAGACAAUUACGACACGAUUCUGGCCCAGCUCAACCAGACAAGUCCAGACAUCAUCUCAGGAUUGGAUCUACAAAGAUGUGACAUGCAAACUUUCCUUAGCGAGGGUGUUGAGGGGACCGGUCUGGCCUUCAUCGUCUUCACAGAAGCCAUCAUCAAGAUGCCUCUUUCCCCUCUCUGGUCUGUUCUCUUCUUCGUCAUGCUCUUCUGUCUUGGCCUGUCAACAAUGUUUGGAUGCAUUGAGGGGGUGGUGGUUCCUUUACAAGAUCUUAAAAUCCUGCCCAAAUCUUGGCCCAAAGAGGUCUUCUGUGGUCUGACCUGUCUAGUUUGUUGUCUUCUUGGAUUCUUAUUUACACUAAGUUCAGGGAGCUAUUGGUUAGCUCUUUUUGACAACUUUGCUGGCUCAAUCCCCCUUCUGGUCAUCGGAUUCUGUGAAAUGUUCGCAGUUGUCUACGUUUACGGUAUAGACAGGUUUAACGAGGACCUCGUAUUUAUGAUUGGCCACAAGCCCAAUAUAUUCUGGCAGGUGACGUGGAGAGUGGUUAGUCCACUCAUUAUGAUCGUCAUUUUGAUUUUCUACUUUGUAACUCAAGUCACCAAGAUACCCACCUAUUUGGUCUGGGACCCAGAGGCGGAAACAUUUCCCACCCUGCAAGAGCGCUCCUUUCCCUCCUGGAUCAACAUCAUCAUCUUCAUCUUGGCUGGGAUUCCCUGUUUGUCUAUCCCCUUUUUCGCCCUCUAUAAAUUCCUACAGAAGAAGUGCUGCAAGCAGAAGGAUUACAAAGAAGAUCCAGUGGACACGAUUUCUGCAAAAUUACAAAUGAAUGAAAAAGCGAAGGUUUAGAUAGGUUUGAUGUAUGAGAAGUAUUUGCACUUUUUGUAUUCUGCUUUUUCUCAUUAUCUGUAAUGCUAGCUGUACACGUCAACAAGAAGUGACGUUUAUAAUAAGUUGUCUCCAUUGAAAGUGUUUGAUGUAGGAAACAUUAGUUUCCUUCUGUGAGACGUUUGGUGUGUUAGUGUACAUUCAACAAAUAGUUGAACUGUGGAAAAUGCAGUAUCCUCAGUAUGAAACUGUCCUCUUACUUACACUGAUAUCAUACUGCUUCAAAAAUUCCCUUCAAACAUAUGUCGGCAUGUUGUUGCAAACAACAUGAUUGAAGGUGUUGCUUUGCACAAGAAGAAUAUAGGGUUUAAUAUGAACUUUAUUAUUUAUAAUUAUGAUGAUAAUAUUGCAUGUUUUCUAUGUUUUUUUAUCUUUAACGUCAUGUCUCAGUGCACAAUAAAAAAAGCUGAAGCUGUGUGUA